AUGAAGCCUGUUUCGCUGAGCUUCGCCUCUCUCGCAGCGCUCCUGUCUGGAGUAAGCGGCCUUGCUCGUGUAUCCCAGCGCUCAGCGCCUAAUCCGAAUUGUUUUCCAUUCGGCAGCCAGGCGAGACUCAAUGCAGAUCUGCAGCCUCCGCACGUUUCGAGAGAAGAAUGGUGGUGUCCGCAAUCUGAUUUCUAUGGAUUUCUCGGCUUUUCAUUCCCCUUUCAGUUCACCAAUGAAGACUUUGAGGUUGCAAGUAUUAGCUCUCACAUGCAGCAGAUGAAGCGCCAAUUUGGCGCCACAAUGAUUCGCAUGUACAUUCCGGAAAGCUACACCACGCAGCUGUGGGAGAAUGUGCUCGAGGCUGCUAUUUUGAACAACAUGGGAGUUGUGGUCCAAGUGGCAUUCCCAAUUAGUGGGUCACAGCUCUCUUGGGAAAAAGUACUGGAAACGACACUCUUCGAAACUUUAUCAAACAGCAAAUAUUCAAAAAUUGCACCGUAUGUCAUCUAUGCCGCCGAAUAUCUCAAUGAACCAGUUGGAGAUUGCGACAUGUGUGCGGCUGGUAGCACUGGCAAUGCAUCUGCGCCAGCCAGCCUGACGAAUUUGACUAUGGGCAUGUCCAACUUCCGCAAGGAGAUGAACAAGCAUGGUAUUCCAGCGGGAAUUAGUGAAGAUUGGGAUAGACCAAAUUUGAUGAGCGGUGCACCUGGUUCUGAUGGAUUGGGUGUUGGAUUGGGCGUUGUAGGAAAGGCGCUUGAACCAGUGUUGGACUUUAUCCACGCCCAUGUUAUGGCUUAUUACCAUAACAUCCAGGUCGAUGAUGCUUGGACUUAUACCGCCAAUCAGGUCUUGUGGUAUAAGAAAUACCUCCCUCAGUUUCCACUCAUCAUCUCAGAGAUGAUGUGGGCUACAGGCUACAAUGUUUUGCAUGCUGGCGGCUACAUCACCGGUUUUGCCGUUGCAGAAGUGAGCGUUGCUGAUUAUACCAAGUUCUGGAAGACGGUGGACGCAAAUUGCGCAUUUCUAAAGGAGCACAACACGGCAUACUUUAUCCAUGCGUGGAGGCAGCAAGGCACCCUGAAUAUGCUUCAGAAUGAUGGAAGUGUUGUUAUCCCAAAUUGGAAGCCUAAGAAAUGGUGCUAA